GCCUAGGCCAAAGCUCUGCCUUUUCUCUCUUCCACCCCAAUACCAUUACUAUCAUGGCAUCUUGCGGGUCCUUCAUCACGCCAAACCAGACAAUCCCUCGAAGCCGUAAGGCUCCUAUACCAAUUCAUGGUGGCAGAAAGCAGCUCUGUGUAAGGUCUUUGGCAAACAGCUUCGGUGAGGAGGAGAGGACGAUGAUAAGGAAAGAUAUUGAUGGGUGGAAGAUUAACUAUUCAGGGCAGAAACCAGCAACACCAUUGCUGGACACUAUCAAUUACCCUGCUCAUAUGAAGAAUCUGUCCACACAGGAGCUUGAACAACUCGCAGCUGAGCUGAGGGCAGAUAUUGUGCACUCUGUUUCAAAUACUGGAGGCCAUCUUAGCUCAAGUUUAGGAGUGGUGGACCUUGCUGUGGCUCUGCAUCAUGUUUUUAACACCCCUGAUGACAAAAUUAUAUGGGAUGUUGGGCACCAGGCGUACCCACACAAAAUCCUCACGGGUCGAAGGCAAAAGAUGCAUACCUUGAGGAAAACUUCUGGGCUAGCUGGAUUUCCUAAGAGGGACGAAAGUGUUCAUGACGCUUUUGGGGCAGGACAUAGUUCAACAAGCAUAUCUGCUGGUCUUGGGAUGGCUAUUGCAAGAGAUAUUUUGGGAAAGAAUAAUAACAUCAUUUCGGUGAUUGGAGAUGGGGCCAUGACUGCUGGUCAAGCUUACGAAGCCAUGAACAAUGCAGGAUUCCUUGACUCUAACCUCAUCAUUAUUCUUAAUGACAACAAGCAAGUCUCCUUACCAACAGCUACCCUUGAUGGCCCCGCAACCCCAGUUGGAGCACUCAGUGGUGCUUUAAGCAAGAUUCAAGCCAGCACCAAAUUCCGCAAACUCAGAGAAGCUGCAAAAAGCAUCACGAAGCAGAUAGGAGGGCAAACAUAUGAAGUUGCAGCAAAAAUGGAUGAGUAUGCAAGAGGGAUGAUCAGCGCUACUGGGUCAACUCUUUUUGAGGAACUAGGCUUGUACUACAUCGGCCCUGUGGACGGUCAUGACGUGGAAGAUCUGGUAAACAUUUUUCAGAAAGUGAAAACCAUGCCUGCACCGGGUCCAGUUCUGAUACACAUUGUGACAGAGAAAGGAAAGGGAUAUGCACCGGCCGAAGCAGCAGCUGAUAAAAUGCACGGCGUUGUCAAGUUUGACCCAAAAACAGGAAAACAGUUGAAGUCAAAAUCCUCCACUCUUUCCUAUACCCAAUACUUUGCUGAAUCUUUGAUCAAGGAAGCCGAACAAGACAAGAACAUAGUUGCUAUUCACGCAGCCAUGGGUGGUGGGACGGGUUUGAAUUAUUUUCAGAAGAAAUUCCCAGAUCGCUGCUUUGAUGUGGGUAUUGCUGAGCAACACGCCGUGACAUUUGCAGCUGGGUUAGCUGCUGAGGGUCUCAAACCAUUCUGUGCCAUCUACUCAACUUUCCUACAACGAGGAUAUGAUCAGGUGAUCCAUGACGUAGAUCUUCAGAAACUACCUGUCCGUUUUGCUAUGGAUAGAGCUGGAUUGGUUGGUGCGGAUGGACCAACUCAUUGUGGAGCGUUUGAUAUCACUUACAUGGCUUGCCUGCCUAACAUGGUGGUCAUGGCUCCUUCUGAUGAAGCUGAACUGAUGCACAUGGUUGCAACUGCAGCAGCAAUAGAUGACAGACCAAGCUGCUUUAGAUUUCCAAGAGGAAAUGGAAUUGGAGCCCUUUUACCACCCGAUAACAAAGGAACCCCACUGGAGAUUGGAAAAGGAAGAAUACUGACAGAAGGAACCAGAGUUGCAAUUCUGGGAUAUGGGUCAAUGGUUCAACAAUGCCUGCAAGCUGAAAAAUUGCUAAAAGCACAAGGUGUAUCUGUGACAGUUGCUGAUGCUAGGUUUUGCAAACCUCUUGAUACUGAUCUGGUUAAGCGACUAGCAAAGGAGCAUGAAAUUCUGAUCACAGUGGAAGAGGGUUCUAUAGGAGGUUUUGGAUCUCAUGUUUCACAAUACCUUAGCUUGGCUGGUUUACUAGAUGGACCCCUGAAGUGGAGAGCGAUGAUGCUUCCUGAUCGAUACCUCGAUCAUGGAUCACCCCAGGAUCAGCUUGAUGAAGCAGGCCUUUCAUCGAAACAUAUUGCCACAACAGUCUUGUCUCUUCUGGAGAGGCCAAAGGAAGCUCUGCUCUUCAUUUAAAAGGAAAUGGCUAAUCAAGGAAAGUUAAGUGGAUCCGCCACGCCUUUGAUGCAUGUAUCGAAGUUAAAGAGCAAUGAUCAUAAGCCAAUGAAAGGCAGAAAUUGGCUCAGGCAACAAUACUUGAUGAUGAUGGACUGAAAGUGCAAUAUAGUGUUAUAAAUUUUUUGUAUAUCAUUGGAACUAUUGUAAUUAGCGA